AUGGAUAAGAUCGCCCCCGUCGGUCGUCGCGCGCACCUUCUUCCAGACGGUCGCGUCGCGUACGAGUGGGAGCAGACGCUGGAGGAUGUCACCGUGUACGUCGCGGUGCCGCCGGGAACGCGCGCGCGCGAUCUCGACGUGGCGAUCGGGAAAUCCACGCUGCGCGUUGGCAUCGCCGGAAACCCGCCGUACUUGGAGCACGCGCUCGCGGAGACGGUCAGGCCGGAUGAGAGCGUGUGGACGCUGGAGGACGGCGAGCUGCGGUGCGAGCUCGCAAAAGUCAUCAGAGGGAAAUCUUGGAGCGCACCGUUCGAGGCGCACCGCGCGAGCGCGAAUAAAGAAGAGUGUGAGGCGGAUUCGAGGCGCUUGAUGCUCGAGAGGUUCCAGAGGGAGAAUCCAGGAUUUGAUUUCAGCGACGCGACGUUUGACAAACCGCCUCCGGACGCGUCUACGUUUAUGGGCGGCGUCGGCGCGUAG